CCAUUUUUUUUUUUUUUUGCUUGCUUGCUAACUUUCUGCCAGGCCACAGACGGCGGAGGUAGUGGAAAAGACGCUGCUGCCCUCACUGUAAGCUGCACACGCGACACACAGCCAUCGGCCACCAUGCCGUCGACAAGGGGACGCGCCGAACUGCAGCAGGAGCGAGCUGGCCUCAUCAACAUGAACCAGUAUGCCACCAAGAAGAGUGUGGCGGAAAGCAUGUUGGAUGUGGCUCUCCUGAUGGCCAACGCCUCACAGCUGAAGGCAGUGCUUGAACAGGGGCCUGAUUUCAAAUAUUACAUCACUCUGGUGGUGCUGAUUGGGGUCUCCCUGCUCUUCCAGGUCAUCGCAGGGGCUCUCUUCAUCCUCAUGGCUCGGAAGGACAUCAACGAAGCUGCCAACCAGAGGAGGCUCGACGUAAUAAACAACGUGGCGACGGGGCUGGUCUUUAUUACCGUCGUCAUCAACAUCUUCAUAACUGCUUUCGGGGUGCAAAAGACCGGGCUGUACCCCAAACCCAAGUGACCACACAAGCACAUGCAGCAUUAAACACAAUAUACAGGUGAAGCCCAUUGAGGGUGAUGGCUGAAUUAAGAGUAUACACUGAUCAUGUACAAUACAUCCUGCUAUCCAGUUUUUAUACUUCUCCUACUUUGCCUCAUAAAGGAGAUAAAUGCCAGUUUUACAUUUUCCUCAAACUUAAUUUAUUUGACUUCCGUAUAUAUAAGAGAACACGUGUCUUGAUUUCUUCUGCUGUUCAUGUUAAUUCAAGUAAACUGCCAUUUCAACAACUGUAAAACAUGAAUUUCAUAAGUAUGUAUGUGUUUUCGCAUUCAAAUAUUUUAAUCUCUAUCAUUGUCCAUGCAAAGUGACAUUAUAAUAGAAAGUGUACUUAAUACCCCAUUAUUAUUGCAAAUAUUUGAGCUGAAAUAAAACUUUUAAAAAAACCCACAAA